AUGCCGAAAGGUGAAUAUAAACAGACAUGCCGAAAGGCGAAUAUCUAUACCGACAUGCCGAAGAGCGAAUAUAUACUGACAUGCCGAAAGUCGAAUAUCUAUAUAAUACCGACAUGCCGAAAGGUGAAUAUAAACAGACAUGCCGAAAGACGAAUAUAUACAGACAUGCCGAAAGGCGAAUAUCUAUAUAAUACCGACAUGCCGAAAGAUGCAGUUAAUGGCCAGUGUGAUUCUUCCAAUUGUACUGCUGGUCAGUAUUGGGAUAGCAAUACUGUAGCCUGUAUGGAAUGUGAUCCUGGAUUCUUUUGUCUUGGAGGAAGCAAUGCUAAAACACCAUGUGCUGCCGGAGAGUAUAGCAACUCUGGAUCUACAUCAAGUGGUGAUUGUCAGACAUGUCCUUCAGGUCAAUUCAGUUCUGCUGGGUCUACAUGUCUACCAUGUCCUGCUGGGUUCAGUUGUGAUAGCAGUACUGGAAUAACAACAUCAUGUACUGGGACUCAAUAUUCAUUAGAUGGUGACGUGGCAUGUAAUGCUUGUCCUAGUGGUUAUUAUUGCCCAUCAACAUCACAGCCGCCGCAGUUUUGUCCGGAUGGUCAUGUUCCAUCUGCCGAUCAGACAACUUGUGAUAUAUGUACGGCUGGAAACUAUGCUUAUAAUGUAACAUCUUUAUGUCAAACAUGUCCUGCAGGUUAUCAUUGUCCAACUGAUGGUAUGAGUUCUCCUGAAGAGUGCCCUACAGGUUGGUACUCGGCUAGUAGUGGUGCCAGCGCCUGCACAGAAUGUGCUGCUGGUCGCUACUGUACAUCAACCACUGAGACAUUAUGUAAUGCUGGUUACUAUAGCAAUGCAGGUCAAACAUCAUGUGAUCUAUGCCCUGGUGGAUAUGAUUGUAGUGAUUCUAGUACCAUUGUGCUAUGCCAAGAAGGGUUUUAUUCAAGAAAUGGAAGUUCAUCCUGUACAUCAUGUGAAGAAGGUCGUAGCUGCCCUGGAACUGGCAGAGUUGAACCACUUGAAUGUGAACUUGGUACUUACGCUAAUGUGACUGAAUCUCCUGAAUGUCUGGAAUGUCCAGCGGGAUAUAAAUGUCCUGUUCCAUCACAAUCUCCAGUGUUCUGUAUCCGUGGUACUUAUAGUGCUGCUGGUAGCACGUCUUGUACAGCAUGUCUUGAUGGGGAAUAUGCCGAUACACCUGCUUCUGAGCAGUGUUCUCCAUGUACCGCUGGUUAUAGUUGUGUGGAUAAAGCUCAAGCACCUCAAGCUUGUCCGGCAGGAACAUACAGUCCUGGUGGUUUAAAGUAUUGUUCGUCUUGCCCAGCUGGCUGGUAUGCAGAUGGCAGUACUGCUGAUUCUUGUACAGAUUGUCCAGCUGGUAGUAAAUGUUCAACCACAGGUCUAGAGGCUUGCAGUGAUGGUUACUACUCACUUGGUAAUACUACAACUUGUACGAUAUGUCCAGCAGGACAUGAGUGCUCUAAUAAAGCUGUUGACCCUGUACAGUGUAUGGCUGGUACAUAUGCCCCUGAGAGCAGUACUUCAUGUAGUAAUUGUGAUGCAGGGUAUCAGUGUCCAACUGAUGGAUUGUCCAAUCAAAUAAUCUGUAGUGACGGUACCUACCAAGAUCUCACUGCACAAACAAGUUGUUCAGAUUGCCCAGCUGGUAAGAGCUGUUCAAAUGUAUCCUCCACACCUGUUGAUUGUUCUUCUGGAUAUUAUUCCGUCCUUGGUUCUACAUCUUGUACUAUAUGCCCUGUAGGACAUAAGUGUCCCACCACAACAGCUGAGCCUACUAGUUGUAACAGUGGUGAAUAUGCCCCAGCAGGCCAGACAGAUUGUACACCAUGUGAAGCUGGUAAUUACUGUCCUGAUCCACCGUCUUCAGGACCCAUUAAUUGUCCAUCUGGUUGGUAUACUGAGACUACUGGAAACACUGUAUGUACAAAAUGUCCAACAGGUUCUAAGUGUCCGGAUGCCACUACUGCUCCAGAGUCGUGUGCAGCUGGAUACUAUACAGAUCAGAUGGGUUCCACAGAAUGUAUAGCUUGUUUGUCCGGUUAUUACAAUCUUAAUUCUGGCUCAGAUUCCUGCAUUCAGUGUCCAUCUGGUUCUAAGUGUCCGGUUAAAGAUCAGGCGCCUAUUGAGUGUGGUGUGGGAACGUUUUCACCAGCUGGUUCUGACAAGUGUUAUACCUGUCCAGCUGGGCAGUCAUGUGGUGAUCCAACAGGAACUCCUACAUUAUGUAAUGUUGGUGAAUAUUCCAAUGGCACAGCAUGCGUUAUUUGCCCGGCUGGCUUCAAAUGUCCCUCUCCAUUGUCUAAUCCUACUGAGUGUGAUUCAGGAUUAUAUCAAGAUAGUGCAGGCCAGUCAACUUGUCUUCAGUGCCCGGCUGGUUCUUCAUGUUAUAAUGUUGAUGAAACACCAGUUGAAUGUGGAGCAGGAUAUUACAGCUUAGCUUAUGAAGCUGCUUGUACAGUGUGUCCUGAUGGUCAAUGGAGUGAUAGUGGUGCAGCAACUUGUCAACAAUGUCCAGCUGGUCAAUAUUGUUUUGACGGUUCAGCACCGACAGCUCCUACUGAUUGUGAUGCCGGUUAUGCAGCAGCUGAGGGGGUUGGGAUAUGUUCCGCUUGUCCACAAGGUACAUACAGUGCAGCUGGUGCCUCUUACUGUAGUAUAUGUCCAGCUGGGACUCACUGUUCUGAUCCCACUAAUCCUGAAGCAUGCGAUAAAUGUCCAGCUGGUUUUUCCUGUGCUAACGCUGCACAGCCACCCCAAGCAUGUAGUGUUGGUCAGUAUUCAACCUCUGGACAAACAGCGUGUGUUGAUUGUCCAGCCGGCCAGUCAUGCAUUGACCCUGGUGAUACACCUCAGAAUUGUGAUGCUGGCUACUACAGUGGCCUAGGUGAUUCACAGUGUUACCCAUGUCCUGCUGGCAGUGACUGCACUGAUGCGGCUGUCGCAUUGGCGGAUUGUGCAAGUGGUUAUUACAGUUUACGUGGUCAGCAUGGAUGCACUGAAUGCCCAGCUGGCUCUAUGUGUCCAGACAUUGACCAGGAACCAAUAACAUGUGCUGUAGGACAACAUACAGAUGGGUUAGCAGGACAGAUAACAUGUACAGAUUGUCCACCAGGAAAAUACUGUUCUGAUACAUCGGUAGCACCUCAGGACUGUUCAGCAGGUACCUACAGCUUAACUAAUUAUGUGGCGUGUACCGACUGUCCUGCUGGAUAUGAAUGUCCAACAACAGAUGCCGCACCAGUUGCCUGUGAUCCAGGAUCUUAUACUGCAAAUACUGGAUUAGCAACAUCCUGUACGCCAUGUGAAGCUGGCUAUGCAUGUCCAUCCACUAGAGAUGUCAGUGAGAAAUUUGCAUGUCAACCUGGUUCCUAUGCGUUGGCUGGAGCAUCAUAUUGUACUGCAUGCACUGCUGGGAAAGAAUGCCCAAACACAAAUGAUGACUCCACCAUUACAGACUGUACAGCUGGCACAUACUCUUACAGUGGGUAUGCAAGCUGUCAAUCCUGCCCGGCUGGCUGGAAAUGUACAGAAACAGAUGGCAGUGGCAAUGCACCUUGUAUUGCGGGUACAUACUCCACUGGAAGUGCUACUGACUGUACUGCAUGUCCUGCAGGUAAAGCCUGCCCUCGAACAGACACAUCUGACCAGAUUGACUGUGUUGCAGGUUACUAUUCAGUUGGAGAACAGACUAGUUGUACUAUGUGUCCUCCGGGAUAUGAGUGCCCUGAUUCAACAUCAGAUACAGAAACACCAUGUGCUGAUGGUUUCUAUAGUACGGGAGGACAAGAUGCAUGUACACCAUGUCCUGCUGGAUCAUCAUGUCCGUCAACAUCAGAUAACUAUCAAUUUGUGUGUUGGGCAGGGAGUUAUGCAGAGUCUGGUUCCAAGGAAUGUACACAAUGUCCUGCUGGUAAGGAAUGCCCAACUACCACAGAUGCUCCACUAGAUUGUGCUGUAGGUUAUUAUAGUCUUGGUUCACAGACUGCUUGUACACCGUGCCCAGCUGGAUUCUACUGUCCACAGAAUGAUGUAGAACCUCAGAUAUGUGAUAUUGGUUUCUAUAGCAACCAAUCAUCUGUUGUGUGUUCAGAAUGUGAUCCUGGAUACGCCUGUCCAGAGGGCAGUGAGAGUAGAGUACCAACUGAUGGACUUUGUAGGCAAGGUUAUUAUUGUGAGGAUGGUCUGAAUGAAUUCCCAUGUCCAGCUGGUACCUAUGGUAACAGAACUGGUGCAACAUCAGCUAACCAGGGUUGUGGCACAUGUCCACAAGGUUUUUAUUGCCCGGAGGCCACAGUAGGUGAACCAGGUAACGAGUAUCUCUGUCCACGUGGUCAUUAUUGUUCAGAGGGUACAACCGUAGCUACUGAAUUUCCGUGUCCAGGUGGUACAUAUAAUGCUGAAUUGGGUAAAGUCAGAGAAGAAGAUUGUGUGGAUUGUCAGGGUGGUACAUACUGCCCUUCAGGAAGUGCAAGUGAACGCAUUUGUCCAAAGGGGAAAUACUGCCCAGGUGCCACUGCAGGUCCAGUGGAUUGUCCAGCUGGUACAUUCACAGAGGAGACAGGAACAUCAGCUGAAACUGAUUGCAAAGGAUGUCCUGCUGGAUAUUACUGCCCAACUGGUACUGACACUCCAAUUGCUUGUCUUGCUGGUACGUACAAUGCACGUGUUGGACAAGAUGAUAUUGACGAUUGUAAACCAUGUAUAGCUGGAUGGGCGUGUACUCAACCAGCGCUUAUAGGACCAGAUUAUCCAUGUGAUCCGGGAUAUUAUUGUCCAGAAGGUAGUGACAGUCCCAAUGAUAUUACACAUGGUUGUCCAGCUGGGACGUACACUAACUUUCAUAACUUAACAACUCAGUACCAGUGUGAGACAUGUCCAGAACAAGUAGCCUGUCUGCUUGCCACUGGUGGUCAGCAAAGACCUCCUGAAGCUUGUGCCCCUGGUCAUUAUUGUCCAGCGGGGACCGAAUAUCCUGAACAAUUUCCAUGCCCGGCCGGAUCUUACACCAAUCUUACAAAUCUGAAAGAGCCAGCAGAAUGUUAUGUCUGUACUAAGGGAUAUUUCUGUUUGGAGGGUUCUGUGGAACCGACUGCAGAGUGCCCAACAGGGCACUAUUGUCCUCCUGGUACUCGGUGGGCUACUGAAUAUCCUUGCCAUGCUGGGUCCUACUCUGAUAGAACAGGCAAUGUACGAUGGGAAGUUUGUACACCUUGUCCUGAAGGUUAUUAUUGUCCACAAGGUUCAUCAUAUCCAACUUCUUGUCCACCUGGUACGUUCCGUGAUGAACAACGAGGUGCAGAGCUUGCUGACUGUGGAAACUGUACACAUGGUUAUUAUUGUAAUGGUACUGGUAAUGGUGAGCCAGCUCAGUGUACCAAAGGAUACUACUCAGAUUGGGGAGCUGAAGAGUGUUCACUGUGUCAACCAGGAUUUUACUGCAAUUUACAUGAUACAAGUAUGGAAAAAAUGUGUGCUGAUUUGUGGUGUCCAGCUGGUAUGUGGUGCAAAGAAGGCCGCUCUACUGCCCCGGAUUUGAAUACCGAUCCUUGUCCACAGGGACACUACUGUUUACGUGGUGAUGUGGAUGCAUAUCCCCGUCCCUGCCCAGAAGGUACUUACACAGAUCAGAAUGGUACCAUGCAAGAAUCAGAUUGUGUCCUAUGUCCUGCUGGCUAUUACUGUAAUGAUACUGGUCUCACUGCGCCGGCACCACCUGAUGGUAUCACAGGAGGUCUGUGUCCAGCCGGUGGUUACUGCCCAGCUGGUUCAGCUGUACCUGCUCCAUGUCCAGUUGGCUAUUAUAGUAAUUCAACUGGAUCUAAAAGACCAGAAGACUGCAUAGCCUGUGAUCCAGGGUAUUUUAAUGGUACGUUUGUAUUUGACACUGGUCGGCAGGAAUUAAGUCAGUGUGAUGAGUGUACACCUGGAAAGUACUGUUCAUCAGUUGGUUUGCAGGAAGUGAGUGGAGACUGUCAAGCAGGGUAUUACUGUCUGGCUGGUUCAAAUACAUCAACUCCAACACCAGAGUCAGGUAUGGGUGAUGUCUGUCCUGUAGGUUACUACUGUCCAGCAGGUACCGUAGGACCAUAUGAAUACCCAUGUGGAAAUGGUACAUAUAACAAUGUUACACAGGCUAUGAGUGUUGAUGACUGUCUUGAUUGCCCACCUGGUGAGGUCUGUGAAGGCAUGGCAUUGGUUGGACCAACUGGUCUAUGUGCAGCAGGUUAUUAUUGUACAAGGGCUGCAUAUACAAAGUAUCCAGAUGCCUUGUUAGAUGCAGGAACAGGCGCUAUAUGCCCUAUGGGACACUAUUGUCCUCAAGGUUCACCAGCACCUAAACGAUGUGAAGGAGGAUAUUAUACUAAUAUCACUGGACAGGAAGAAUGUUUUGAUUGCCCUGCAGGAUUUUACUGUGCUGAUGGUGAGACACUACUACAGUGUCCAAGAGGAAACUACUGCCCACAGAAUACUGGCGGUAAUGAAUUUAUACCAUGCCCUAGAGGUUAUUAUAAUCCAGAUUUAGGAUUAGCUUCUGAAGAUCAGUGUUUGCCGUGUGCUCCUGGUAAAUACUGUACCGCAUUGGGUGCAUCAGAUUUCCAGUCUAUCAAUGCAUCAGCUGGUCCUUGUGAUGCAGGCUACUACUGUGUACUCGGUAAUAAUGUGAGUAAUCCAUUCCCUUGUGGUAAGGGAUUUUAUUGUGACUUUGGUAGUUUUGAAGAGACACCUUGUGACUCUGGUUAUUAUCAAGACGAAGAGGGACAGGGCUCCUGCAAAGUCUGUAAUGCAGGUUAUUUCUGUGACAGAGCUGACUCCCCUGUUGUUGACUACACUCCAUACUCUUGUAUUGCUGGUUAUUACUGUCCCAAUGGAACUGAAUAUGACACUCAGUAUGGGUGUUUAAAUGGUACAUACAGUACCACUCCGAAUUUAGAAAGAGCUGAUCAGUGUGAUUCAUGUCCACCAGGCAAAUAUUGUCAAGGAAUUGGACUUAACGCUGUAACAGUGACACCAGUACCGGAUGAUGCAGGUGUAACCGGUGCACCAUGUACAACUGGUCAUUAUUGUCCAGAAGGCACUGCUGUACCCAUUCCAUGUGAUCCGGGUACUUUUAUGAUAAACACACAUGCUGAAGAAUGUGAGAUCUGUCCUACGGCACAUUAUUGUGUUACUGGAUUAGAUCCAGAACGUUGCCCACCAGUGACACCAGUACCAGAUGAUGCAGGUGUAACUGGUGCACCAUGUACAACUGGUCAUUAUUGUCCAGAAGGCACUGCUGUACCCAUUCCAUGUGAUCCGGGUACUUUUAUGAUAAACACACAUGCUGAAGAAUGUGAGAUCUGUCCUGCGGCACAUUAUUGUGUUACUGGAUUAGAUCCAGAACGUUGCCCACCAGGUUACUAUUGUCCAGAAGGUACAGGAUGGGUGUGGCAGUCCUGUCCACCUGGUACAUUUAGUAACAAUGAUGGCCUAGCUAAUGAAACAGAAUGUCAGACAUGCUCAGCUGGUAUGUAUUGUUCAUCUCCUAAUGCUACCGCGCCAACAGCGUACUGUGACGCAGGAUACUUCUGCGCUGAGGGAUCUGAUACUCCUACUCCAGAAUUCAACUUCAGAGGAACUGCCGGAAUUUGUCCAGAGGGCCACUACUGUCCUGUAGGGACUUCAACACCAAACAAAUGUCCACGUGGAACAUUCAGUGAUAUCACCAAAUUAACUGCACAGGCUGAAUGUACAGAUUGCCUUUAUGGAACAUACUGCAGUGAUGAAGGGUUAACUGCGCCCUCUGGAGACUGUUAUGCAGGAUUCUAUUGUUUAAGAGGGGCUAUGGACCCUAACAAUCCUACAGUAGAUUCCACCGGUGGACCCUGUCCAGAAGGUCAUUUCUGUCCAAAUGGAACAUCUUUCCCACUUGGUUGUUUCCCUGGUACAUAUAAUCCACUAGAAGGGCAGGCUGAAUGUAUUAGAAUGUAUUGGUGUCCAGAGAACGCUACCACAUACUCUAAUACACCAUGUCCUAGUGGUCAUUACUGUCCAGCAGGAACAGAGUUUGCUACUGAGUAUCCAUGUCCAGCUGGUACUUACAAUGCUGUGAUAGGAAAACAAUCAUUAGAUGACUGUGUACCAUGCCCACCAGGUGAAUACUGUGCAACACCUGGACUGGCUACAUCAAGUGGAUCCUGUUCACCAGGAUGGUACUGUAUUCGUGGAGCCUGGUCUGAUAUGCCAACAGAUUAUGGCUAUAAUAACAUGACAUCAAGUUGUUACUGUCCUAACAAUGCCACUGGUGGGCAAUGUGAUCCAGGUGAAUUUUGCCCAGGUGGAUCAAGUCAGCCAACACCAUGUUCACCAGGUCAUUACUGUGAUUCAGCUGGUCUGGCCAGUGUUUCUGGUGAAUGUGACAUGGGUUAUUACUGUACACUUGGUGCCUCUGUACGAGAUCCAACUGAUGGUGUAACUGGUGAUAUUUGCACAACAGGACAUUACUGUCCACAAGGCACUUACAAUCCAGUAUCAUGUCCAUCUGGAUACUACACUAAUGCUACUGGGAACACAGCAUUUGAAGACUGUAAUCUAUGUCUGCCUGGUUCAUACUGUGGGGAUAAUGGUUUGUCAGAACCUACAGAUCUCUGUGAUGCUGGUUUCUAUUGUCCUGGUGGUCAGAAUGUUAGUCGUCCAGAAGAUUACAAGUGUCCCCCUGGACACUAUUGUGAAAUUGGUAGUGUGCAGCCGAGUCCAUGUAUUCCUGGAGAGUACCAGGAUGAGUGGGAGCAGUCCACAUGUAAGACGUGUCCAUCUGGUUUCUACUGUGACGCUACACUGCAGAAUGAUACUUUCUGUUCUCAUGGCAUACAGAAUCCACAGCCUUGUCCAACUGGACAUUACUGUGUGUAUGGUACUGAGUAUGCUGUACAGUUUCCAUGUCCUAAUGGGACGUUUAGUGACAGGGUUCAGCUAACUUCUGUCAAUGAAUGUACUCCUUGCUCUGGUGGAUAUUACUGUGGUCAGGAAGGCCUCUCAGCCCCAUCUGGUGAAUGUACAGCAGGUUACUAUUGCAUCAGUGGAGCUUACAUGUCAACGCCUCUUGAUGGAACAACUGGCGACAUCUGUCCAGAAGGUGCCUACUGUCCAUCUGGUUCAAAUACAUCAACUUUGUGUCCGCCUGGAACGUAUAAUCCAACCUUGGGUCUAACAUCUGAAGAUGAAUGCCUAGGAUGUACACCUGGAGACUAUUGCCCUGAAUAUGGUAUGUCAACAACGGCAGGGAACUGUAGUGCAGGGUACUUUUGCAGCGGUAGUGCGUCAACCUCAACACCAACAGACGGAACCACUGGAAAUGUCUGUCCAAUUGGUCACUACUGUCCAGCAGGCUCAAGUCAACCAUUGCCAUGUGAGCCUGGUACAUACACUGAUACAACAUUGAAUGAAGUUUGUCUGCGAUGCCCGUCAGGUCAUUACUGCACUAGUGGUUCUAAUCCUCAAGACUGUCCAGCUGGAUUCUACUGCCCUGAAGUGGAGUCUGGUCAAUGUGAUGCUGGUUACUACUGUAGAAGUGGCUCGGAUUCACCAAUGCCAAGUUUGUUAUCUCUGGGCGAUGCUAAUAUCUGUCCUCCAGGAUUCUAUUGUAGUCUUGGAACUGCUGAGCCUGAACCAUGUCCUCCAUCUACUUUCAAUAACCAAACUGGAAUUACAUCAGAAUUUAAAUGCCAAUCAUGUCUUGAAGGUUACUACUGUGAGGUGCCAGGGUUGGAGUACCCAAGUGGUUUCUGUGAAGCAGGCUUUUAUUGCACCCUUGGAUCAAACAGUUCCAGACCGAGCCAAACAUCAGUGAAUGGUGGACCAUGCCCAGCUGGUUCCUAUUGUGAGAUUGGUAGCAGUGUUCCUACUCUGUGUGUUGCUGGUACUUACAAUCCCAUUGAAGAACAGAGUGUUUGUUUAGAUUGUCCAGCAGGUUACUAUUGCCAGGAAGGAAGCAUCACAAUCACAGAAUGUCCAGUGGGUCAUUUCUGUCCUCUUAACACCGAAUUUGAUAUUCAAUAUCCUUGUAACAAUGGUACAUACAACAAUCGCACAAGAGGUGAGAGUGUUGAUGACUGUGAGCUCUGCACACCAGGAACAUAUUGUCCAUUCCGAGGGAUGGAAGAACCUGCUGGUCUCUGUGCACCUGGAUGGUAUUGCUCUUUAGCGGCAUGGAAAGAUAAACCAACCACUCUUGGAAAUGAUAGCAGUGAAUGUCAUUGUCCUGCUCAGUCUACUGGAGGUAUGUGCUAUGCUGGUUCGUUCUGCCCAGCUGGAUCAUCUCAACCUAUUCCUUGCACGCCUGGCUAUUAUUGUCUGGAUGAUAAACUAGAUGCUGAAAGUGGACUCUGUAUGGCAGGCUAUUACUGCAAUGGAAGUACGAUAUUCCCAGAUCCAGUGAAUCAAACAACUGGCGAUAUGUGUCCAAUGGGUCACUAUUGUCCUGAAGGAAGCUCCUACCCAGAACCAUGUGAGCCUGGUACUUUCUCUGAUCGUUAUGCUAACCAUCUCCACAAUGACUGUAUACCUUGUACUGCUGGAAUGUACUGCACAGGAUGGGGUAGAGAUCUACCUAAUGGAGAUUGUGAUGAAGGAUGGUUCUGUCCAGAGGGAUCCACAGCUGCUCAACCACCUGGUAAUGAAUGCCUGGCUGGUCAUGCCUGUCCAGUUGGUAGUCCAGACCAAACACCAUGCAUGUCCGGGUAUUACCAACCACUUCCAGGACAAGGCAGCUGCAUUGAAUGCUCAGCUGGAAUGUACUGCGAUCAGAAUGAAGCAAUUGAGGAAGAACAAAGUGGUAUUGGGGCGCCAUCACAUGGAGUUGUAACACCAAAGGAUUGUCCAGCUGGGUUCAAUUGUCCCAAUGGGACACUUACAGCUCGUCAGUUCCCAUGCCCUGUCAGUACGUACAGCAACACUACAAAUCUUGAAAGUGAAGCAGAAUGUCGACCUUGCCCUGAGGGGCAUUAUUGUGAGGCUGAAAACAUUACAACACCAACAGGUAUAUGUGCAGCUGGUUACUACUGUGUAUUGUAUGCGACCACCCCAACACCUGAACCUGCUGAUGCUACUGGUGGUCCCUGUCCACAAGGUACUUUCUGUGAAGCUGGUGCCUCCUGGCAUACACCUUGUCCUAAAGGUACCUUUGGAGAUCGUGAUAAACUUCCAAGUGAAGCUGACUGUACAGAUUGCUAUCCAGGAAUGCAUUGUAUGCGGUCUGGCCUGACUGAACCCAAUGGAACAUGUUUAGCUGGCUAUUACUGUCGCAUACGAGCUGUAGAUCCCAAUCCAGUCAAUGAAUCUUAUGGUGACAUUUGUCCAGCUGGAAGCUACUGUCCAGAAGGAAGUCCAGAACCAAUCGAUUGUCCUGCUGGAACGUACCAGCCUGAUCCAAUGAAAAGUAGCCCAUCAGAUUGUCUUCCAUGUACACCAGGUUAUUUCUGUAAUGGUACUGGUCUGUCAGAUGUAUCUGGUUUCUGCUAUGAAGGUUUCUACUGUAUUGGAUCAGCUAGUUCCCCAACACCUAGAGAUGGUGUUACUGGUGAUAUAUGUCCACCUGGCUCUUAUUGUGAAGAAGGAUCCCCAAGUCAUACGUAUUGUUCAAAUGGAACUUAUAUGAACCAUUCCAUGGCAUCAGAGUGUUAUGACUGCCCACCUGGUUCUUACUGUGUUAAUCGUGAUAGAGCUGAUCCCUGUCCACCUGGGUUAUUCUGCCCUGCGAAAACUGGUGCAGAUUUAGAACUCUGUGCAUCUGGAACCUAUAAUCCAAUCUUUGGUAUUUAUGAACAAGAUCAAUGUUUGCAAUGCGAUGGUGGAUACUACUGUCAAGAACCGGGCAGUGCCAAUGUGACCGGAUUAUGCUCAGCGGGGUACUACUGCAGAUAUGGAGUCAACAUGCCUGAACCCAAUGGUGGACACACAGGUGAUGGGGCCAUCUGCCCAGUGGGCCACUAUUGCCCUGUUGGAUCACCUGAUCCAAUUGGUUGUGCUCCAGGAACUUACAAUGAGCUGACAGGGAGACCUGUCUGUGAGCUUUGUCAAGCUGGUUACUACUGUCUUGAGAAUGCAACAACAUACUUAGACACUAUAUGCCCAACAGGUCAUUACUGCCCAGCUGGAACAGGGUAUGAUAUAGAGUAUCCAUGUCCAAUGGGAACGUAUAAUCCAGUGGCUGGAAGUGAUGCCUUAGAAGACUGUUUGGAAUGUCCUGCUGGAGAGUACUGUGAAAGUGAUGGUUUAGAAUUUACCUCAGGUAACUGCAGUGAAGGAUGGUACUGUACUGGUGGGUCAUAUACUAGUACUCCACUGCCAUUCAGCAAUGCUACUGAUAUUUCUGAAUGUACUUGUCCAUUAGUCAACUACACUGGUGGUAAAUGUUGGCCAGGAACUUACUGUCCAUCUGGUUCACCUUACCCUGUGGAGUGUGAUGAAGGCAUGUACUGUCUGGAAUGGGGAAGAUCUCAGCCAAAUGGUUUAUGUGAUGCAGGAUACUUCUGUGAUGGAGGAGAACAUCUACCUGAUCCAACCCAUGGGCUAUGUCCAGCUGGUUUCUACUGCGUACAGGGAUCACACACUCCAACUCCAUGUCCUGCUGGUACUUACUCCGAUACAGAAGGUAAUGUGGAGAUAAGUGACUGCAUGGAUUGUACACCUGGAAUGUACUGUGAAGGAAAUAAUAAUACUGAACCCACUGGUGAUUGCACUGAAGGUUACUAUUGUCCCGCUGGACAAAGCACACCAACACCUAAUGAGUUCAAUUGCACCAUCGGCCAUUUUUGUCCGACUGGCAGUCCAACACCUGAACCAUGCAUAUCUGGACAGUAUCAGGAUGAAGAAGGCAAGCCUACAUGUAAAGCAUGUCCUGCUGGAUAUUAUUGUGAUGCUACAGAGGCUGCAUUGAUCUAUGGUGUCGCUAGUCAUGGUGUUGUCAUCCCAGUGGAUUGCGUAGCUGGUUAUUAUUGUCCUGAAAGUACACAAGGAAGCCAUCAGUAUCCAUGCCUUGAAGGGUAUUAUAGCAACAUUACCCAGUUGGAAACGCACGCUCAAUGUCAGCCAUGUCCAGGUGGUACGUACUGUGAUGGGCAAGGUUUGACUGCAUAUGCCGAUGUCUGUGAUGCUGGAUUUGUGUGUGUCUCAGCAGCUAAUAACUCUAGACCUACAGAUGGUUUGACUGGGUAUGAAUGUCAGCCAGGCUACUACUGUCCAAAAGGAUCCGAUCAAGGGAUCAAAUGUCCAGUUGGCACAUUCAGUGAUGAGUAUGGACUUGAGAAUGUUACAGAAUGUCAAGCGUGUACACCAGGAUACUAUUGUCAAACAGAAGGUCUUACUGCACCAACAGGACCAUGCUUACCAGGAUUCUAUUGUACACUUGGUGCUAUUGAUCCAAACCCCAUCAGUGAGGUCUAUGGGGAUACUUGCCCAGCUGGUAGAUAUUGCCCAGAGGGCACAUAUGAUCCAAUACUAUGUCCAAUUGGCACCUUUUUACAUGACACUGGUCAUGAUGAAUUAUCAGACUGUAUAGAUUGUACAGGUGGCAAAUACUGUGACACACAAGGCCAGACUAAUGUCACAGGAGACUGUGAUCCAGGGUUUUACUGUACGAGUCGUGCUAAUACAAGCUCCCCAUUGGAUGGUGUGACUGGUGAUGAGUGUCCUGCUGGUUCAUAUUGUGAAUUAGGAAGUAGUGCACCUAUUCCAUGCAACGAUGGAUACUAUAUGAAUCACACACAAGCCAGUGCCUGUGAUAUCUGCCCGGUACAUGCAUUAGCCGCACCAAGUGGUCUGUGUCUUGCUGGUUACUUCUGUAAUGGUAGUUCAAUUGUACGAGACCCAGAACCAUGCUCAGCUGGUUAUUACUGUCCUGAAGGAACUGAAAUUGAGGAGCCAUGUCCACCUGGAACAUUCUCUGGAAAGGAAUACAAUGUUAAUAUUACAGACUGUGAGGAAUGUACUCCUGGUUCUUAUUGUGAACAAUAUGGUCUUGCUGCCCCAAGUGGUCUCUGUGCUGCCGGGUAUUUCUGUCCAGGGGGUCAGGCAUCAAUUCAACCUGUGGAUCUGGCAUGUAGUCCUGGGCACUUCUGUUUUGAAGGUAGCUGGAACCAGACUGGAUGCCCCAGUGGAUAUUACCAACCACACUGGAGCAGAUCAAACUGUGAUAUAUGCCCGCAAGGUUUCUAUUGUAAAGCGUUUGGCGACUAUGAAGACUUAGGAUGCAGAAAUAUGACACUUGCUGGCAACUUCAGUGGAAGAUACCGAAGUUACAGAGGUGUGGCUGUUCCGAUCAUCUGUCCUGAAGGCUCAUACUGCCCAGAAGGUACUACAUACGAGAGAGAAUAUUUAUGCCCAGCAGGUACCUACAGUAACAUGACUGGCCUUUAUAAUGCUGGUCAAUGUACGCCAUGUACCCCAGGGAUGUUCUGUCAAGGAGAAGGAAAUAUUGAACCAAGUGGUGAUUGUACAGCUGGUUAUUAUUGUACAAGUGGUGCCUAUAACUCUACUCCAACCGAUGCUGUGACUGGUAAUAUUUGUCCAGCAGGAAAGUACUGUGAAAUAGGGAGCAUCACUGGUGUGGGGUGUCCAAUGGGUACAUACAGUGAUCAGUUAAGUCUGCAAAGUGCUGCUGAAUGCAGUGACUGUACCGGAGGUUAUUACUGUGGACAGACUGGUCUUACAAAAGAGUCUGGACUAUGCUGGGCUGGUUUCUAUUGUACCCUUGCCUCAGAAGAACCAAAUCCUAUCAGUCAAGUCUAUGGCGAUGUCUGCUGGGCUGGUUACUACUGUCCAAAUGGCACUGACUACCCAGUGACAUGUCCUUCUGGGACAUUCCUACCCUCAGCAGGAAUGGAUGCAGUUGAUGACUGUUUGUAUUGUACUGGUGGUUACUAUUGUGAGUCAUCUGGGCAAACCAACGUGACUGGUCUUUGUCAAGCUGGAUUCUAUUGUAUUAUUGGUGCAAAUACAAGUACACCUCAAGAUGGAAUCACAGGAAAUAUAUGCUGGGAAGGUCAUUAUUGUGAGGAGGGUUCUGCUUGGCCAUCAGCGUGUCCAAAUGGAACUUUUAUGAAUCAUACUGGUGCUUCUGUGUGUGACAUUUGCCCAGCGGGAUACUUUUGUACACAAGGCCAUGCAGAAAGAUGCCCACAGGGAGACUAUUGCCCUGAGGGUACUGGUUGGGACACUCAAAUGUGUCCAGUUGGCACAUAUGGGGCUACUACUAGUUUAAUUCAGGAAUCAGACUGCACAGACUGCACUGGUGGACAACAGUGCAGUAUUCCUGGAUCUCCUGCGCCUAAUGGCCCCUGUAAUGCUGGCCAUUAUUGUGAACUUGGUGUCAACACAGCCACUCCAACUGCCACUGAUGGCCACACAGGUGUGGGUGGAGUCUGCCCACCAGGUACAUACUGCCCUUCCAAUACACCAACACCUAUACCCUGUCCAGCUGGUACCUACACCAUCGUUGAAGGUGAGAGUUCGUGCACACCUUGCCUAGCUGGGCACUAUUGUCCAGGAAAUACAAGUGAUCCUACCAUCUACCCAUGCCCAGUUGGUCACUACUGUCCUAUAGGAACUGAAUACAGCAUAGAGUAUCCAUGUCCAGAGGGACAUACAACAGGCUUGAAGGCCAACAAAACAGCACCUCAUGUUUGCUGUGUCCACCAGGACUCUACUGUGAGGGAGAUGGACUUGAGGCACCUACGGGUAAUUGCAGUGCUGGUUGGUUCUGUACUGGUGGAUCUUGGAACUCUAGACCAUUACCUUUAG